AGGUCGACGAGCUGGGCUGCGAGCUCUGCGCGGAGCCGGCGCGGCGCGGCCGGGCGGCCUGCCGGCCGUUCGUGGAGAGCCCGGCCUGCCGGGAGCACCUGAAGGCCGCCGCGCCGCCGCCGGAGGGGUCCGCGGAGGCGGGCCCGCAGCGCGAGGCGCACUCGCAGAGCUGGGCGCGCAUCGACAGGCUCAUGCGCGACAUCUGCCGCGACCCGGCCCGCAGGGACCUCCCGACCUGCCAGAAGCUGCUGGAGCCCGCGUGGCAGCCCGCGGCUGCGGGGUCCGGCUCCGCGGAGGGCGCUGUCGCUGGCGCGAGGGAGGAGUGGUGCCGCGAUCCCGCGCACCACCACCUCGCCGCCUGCAAGCUUGUGCUGCACGAGGCCUGGGAGCCGUCUGACCACGCCCACGCCCACGCCCACGGGCACGCCCACGGGGCGGAGCUGCGGAGGCAGGCACACGAGCACCUGGCGGAGGAGGAACGUCAGGUGCGCGCGCUGCGGGCGAAGCACAUCGAGUGGGACGCGGCGGCCCGAGACCGCAUGGCGGGCCUGAAGCGCGAGCUGUGUUCGGACCCCGCCCGCCAGGGCUACAGCAUCUGCAAGGAUGUGCCGCGUCCGCACGCGAGCAGCGCCGGAGACAUAGCGAAGCACGAAUCCGAGUUUGUGGACCAGAUGCACAGCCUGCAGGCCCGCCACGAGGAGUGGGACCACGCCGCGAAGGACCAGCUGCGCGAGCUCCGAGAGCGGCUCUGCGCGGACCCCUCCAGACAGGGCUACGCCGCCUGCGCGCACCUGCACGGCGCGACGCCCGCGGAGGCCCACGCGGAGCUGGACGAGCGCAUGCACAAGCUCCACGACGACCACGAGGCCUGGGACCACCACGCCCAGGAGGAGAUGGCGUCCCUCAAGACGCAGCUGUGCUCGGACCCCGCCCGCAGCCACUACCCCGCGUGCGCGGGCGCGCGCGAGGCGGGGGCCGCCUCGCGCGCGCGGCUGGACGAGCACGCGCACGAGCUCCACGCGAGGCACCACGAGUGGGACGAGCACGCCCGCGGAGAGAUCGACCACCUGCUGGACCAGCUCUGCGCCGACCCCGCCCGCCGCGGCUACGCCGCCUGCGCCGAGCACCACGGGCCGGCGGCGGCGGCGGCGGCGCCGGCCGCGGCGGCGACUGGCUCGCAGCAGCCAGCGGGCGCGCGCGACCCUGGGCUCGACGCCCAGCUCCGGGAGUGGGACCGCCACUCGGCGGACCGGGCCCUCGAGAUCGGCCGCGAGCUCUGCACGGACCCGUCGCGCCGCCCCUACGCCGCCUGCGUCGAGCUGCUGCGCGCGCCGCCCGCGGCUGCCGCGGCGGCGGCGCCCUCCCCGCUGCGCGGCGGGGGCGCCGCCUCGCCGCCCGCCCCUGCGCAGGCCUCGCCCUCCUCCCUGCGGGGCUCGGCCGGGCCGCCCCCGCUGACGUUCCCGGAGGGCGGCUGGGCCAGCCUCGCCGGCGAGUCCUGGGGCGUGCCCCUGCUCUGGGGCGGGCGCGGCGGCGUGGCCGCCGUGUCGCCGAGGCAGCUGCGCCGCGAGAGGGAUGCGCAGUGGCAGGGCAGGAUCCCGAAGGUCGUGUGCGUCACCCUGGUGCCCGACAGCCCGAGCACCCUGGGCUGGCUGCAGACCACGGUCGAGAGCUUCCGCGCGCAGACCUACGAGGGCCCCAGGGAGCUGCGCCUGGUCUACCACUCGACCCACGCGGACACCGCCGAGCUCGUGAAGGCCGUGGUCGACGGAGCCCUCAUCCAGGGCCUGGCCGUCUACGGCGAGGAGGAGUUCCCCUCGACCGCGCCGUUCCGGUUUGGCGCCUGGAAGACCGACGCGGACCUGGUCGCGCGCUGGGACAUUGGCGCGUGGCACCACCCCGAGCGGCUCGCGGCGCAGGUGCGCGCCAUGGCGGUGGUGGCGCGUCCGGCCGUGCUCCUCGGCGGAGGUGGGCGCCCUGACGGCAGCCACGUCGGGGGCCAGGAGCAGACGCUCAUCGGCGAGGUUGGCUGGAUGAAGAAGCACUGGUACCCGCUCUUGGGCGGCCCGCCGCUGCUGGAGGGCCCGGAGGCCUCGCGGAUGGUGCGCCUGGACAUGCCCGAGCUGUACCUCCCGGGGCCUGCGUAGGGCCCCGUGCGCAGCAGAUGGCAGCUCUCCUCGGACAGCCCGGGGGGGGGGAACCUAACGUACCCUGGUGAUGCAAUCGCCCAGCUGGACGAUGCUCGAAAGCAUGCACGGGCAAUGCCCCCCUCCUCCCCCAAACGGGCCAUUCGCCCCUGUUUCGGCCUCCAACCCUUCCCCCCUUCGUGUUUUCCGCGUGCGCCGCGCAUACAUACUCCGCGCGUACGCGCGCAUGGCCAGCAUGCCCUGCAGACCGAAGCGUCGGCAGUGUGGCAUCGUGAGGAUUCGGGGAGCAUGGAUGUACACCCGCAUUUCUCCCUGGAGA